AAAGGCGUCUUAAGAACUGUGGGUUGGAGAGCAGUUCCGGCUACCGCGGCCUCUUCGGACCUAGACUCGCUGGUGGCGUUCAUUGGUGCCUUGGGGCAGGGGAGGGGGAGAUCGGCCGCCGCCGACAGCCACGGACCCUCCGGAGUUGGUAUGUGACAAGCAGAUCUAGCAGUGCCAUGUAUUGGAAGAGCGAUCAGAUGUUUGUGUGUAAACUAGAAGAAAAGGACGUGCCGGAGCUGGCAGUUUCCCCUGAGAAGUGCCGCGGGCUCAUGUCGGAGGAGUGUGGGAGGACUGCAACCCUGGCGGCCGGGAGGACUCGGAAAGGCGCCGGGGAGGAAGGACUGGUGAGCCCCGAGGGAGCAGGCGACGAGGAUUCGUGCUCCUCGUCGGCCCCUCUGUCCCCGUCGUCCUCGCCCCAGUCCAUGGCCUCGGGCUCCGGCUGUCCCCCUGGCAAGUGUGUAUGCAACAGCUGUGGCCUGGAGAUCGUGGACAAAUACCUUCUCAAGGUAAAUGAUUUGUGCUGGCAUGUGCGCUGUCUCUCCUGCAGUGUCUGCAGAACCUCCUUGGGAAGACACACCAGCUGUUACAUCAAAGAUAAAGACAUUUUCUGCAAACUUGAUUACUUCAGAAGGUAUGGAACUCGCUGCUCUCGAUGUGGGAGGCACAUCCAUUCUACUGACUGGGUCCGGAGGGCCAAGGGGAAUGUCUAUCACUUGGCGUGCUUUGCCUGCUUUUCUUGCAAAAGGCAACUGUCCACGGGAGAGGAGUUUGCAUUGGUGGAAGAGAAAGUUCUCUGCCGUGUACAUUAUGACUGCAUGUUGGAUAAUUUAAAACGAGAAGUUGAAAAUGGUAAUGGAAUUAGUGUGGAAGGUGCCCUUCUCACAGAACAAGAUGUUAAUCACCCCAAACCAGCAAAAAGAGCUCGGACCAGCUUCACAGCAGAUCAGCUCCAGGUUAUGCAAGCACAGUUUGCUCAGGACAACAACCCAGAUGCACAGACCCUCCAGAAACUGGCAGAAAGGACAGGCUUGAGCAGACGUGUGAUACAGGUGUGGUUUCAGAAUUGUAGAGCUCGCCACAAGAAACAUGUCAGUCCUAACCACUCCUCCUCUGCCCCCGUCACAGCAGUGCCCCCUUCUAGGCUGUCUCCACCCAUGCUGGAAGAAAUGGCCUACUCUGCCUAUGUGCCCCAAGAUGGAACGAUGCUCACGGCCCUGCAUAGCUAUAUGGAUGCUCAUUCACCAACAACUCUUGGACUCCAGCCCUUGUUACCCCAUUCAAUGACACAACUGCCAAUAAGUCAUACUUAAAUUCCUUUUUUUUUUCAGGGAGAGAAAUGAUUGAGGAUAUAAACGUGUCAUUUAUUAUGUAUAAAAUAGCAUUGAAAAUAUAUUAAUGUUAAUUUUUUAUUUAAAACCCAAAGCAUUUCGAACAUCACUUUGCUGCCCAGGUAUGUAUCGAUAGUUGGCCUGCAAGACACUUUUAUUGACUCUUCAUUUUUGCUUUUGUAAAACUUAUGUUUACAAGAAGGAAACAAAUCAAAAAACUUUUUUGUAUUGUCUGGAAAUAGUUCACGCUAGUGUGUAUCUGUUAAUUUAUUUGUCAUCAAAAGAGCACUUUGCCUAAAAGAAAGGACUGACAAGUGUGCAAAAUGUUUACAAUCUUUUGUGAAAUUGUAGUUUAUCAUUAGUUGGUAUCUGUAAGUUAUUGUUAUAAAUAUUAUCUGUAUUUUUUGUUAUAUACAACCUUAUACUUUGAAGCUUGUAUCUGUGAAUUUGCGACUGAAAUUUAUUUUGCCAAUGUUUUCUGAAUGAAUUGGACAUUGCUUCUGUUGUAGCAUGCCAUGCAAACACAGUACCGUGUUAUGGUUGAGGAGUUAUUGAUGUAAAUAACACUAUAGUUUAAUAAGCCCACCAUUCUAAGUUUAUUAAACAUUUUCCAUUCUUGUGAAA